UGCUGCUGUAGUUUCUAGGCUCCGAGAGGCAGAUCUUCCCAAAAGACAUCAGGUGCAGUGUAAGCUGCAGGUACUGGCUCAGCUGGAUAAGUCUUUAAUCAUGGAAAGAAGGCUUGUAAAAAAGGAAAUGAAAAAGCUCCUGAGAAAGCCAGAAGAUGAUCUGGCCUGUCUCCUGCCAGAGAGAUCUCAAAUGUAGUGCAAAGCGGGAUGCUGAAUCUCUCAGGAGGAUGUUUCUGCUGGCAGCAGGCAGAUUGGAGGUGUCCCCAUUCUACAGCCUGCGAGCAAAGCAGGGCACGGGGAGAUUAUAUUGGCAUCAGACUUCGGGAAAAUGAAUUUGACCCAAAAGGAAGAAGGCAACCCACCUUUCUAGAUGAUAUGGCACACUAUGACUUGGCCAUCAGCGUUGCUUUGCAGUGGCUGGAUCACUCCGAAGAUUUAACUUGGCUCAAGUGGGAAGAAGUGAAAAUGCCUCUUCAUGAUCGACCCAGAUAUCCAAACCACAGAGAAAGAGAAGCAAUGAUUUUAUCAUCUUAUGCUGGAAUCUUAAUGAACAGUAUCCCAAUUGAGGAAGUCUUUAAAAUUUAUGGGGCUGAUUCUUCUGCCAAUUCUGGUACUACCAAGGUUCCCCGAGCUCCACUCUUCCGCCUCUCUCUGCACCCUUUUGCCAUGUUAACAGCACCCAAAGCAGCAGAGUAUGCCCGCAAACAGAAUAUCAAGUUAAGAAGGGGAGCAAUGAAUAAGAAUGCCACCACCAGCAGCUCUACAGAGGAAGCAAACGCCACAAAGUGGAAGUCAUCAAAGCGUUUUUCGUGCACAUCACCAAAGAACACAGUCACUUAGAAACUUGAACUUCAUAAUAGAGCCUCUGGGAGCAAACAAGAAACAUCAUCUUAAAAUUGCAUCUCUUGCUGGCACAUUUUUCUUUACAGUUGGCUUUUGACUCAGACUGUGCUGAAAGUUAUUAUUGAGAUUGAGUUUCUUCUCUUAGAAGCAUAUUGCACAGCUACAUUUUGGUAAAAGACAAAAAUGUGUGUAUCUUAUGCUACUUCAUUAUGACUAAAAGACUUGGACAAUUCAGAGUACCUAAUAUUUCUAUGUCAGGCUGGCUUUGUAGCACAUUUUACAAAUAUGUAGUAUUGAGUAUUACACAGUAGUACAGUAGGAGGCAGUUUUCCUAAGUUUUAAUUCAAAAUAAAAUUAAUCUAUCCUUGAAUGACUUAGCUAUGUCCUAAAAUGAAAAAUAUUUAAAAUUACAUCAA